CUAGCGGGUGCCUUCCCAGGAGGAUUCUUGAGGAGAGCAAGUGACAUGAAACGCCAAGGAGCCAAGUGAAAAGUCCAUAGCUGGCCCCACUGAGCCAUGGCCGGCCUGAGGUACGGCCGACCCAACUGCAUCAGGGCAGCGUUCAGUGUGGCCAGCGCCAGGGCCGGCUUCCGGAAGAGGCAGAGAAACAUGCUCCAUCACUUCAAGGCCAAUCACAAAAAGAAUCACAUGGACUUUUUUGAAGGCAUCUGGAGAGAGUUUUUAGAUCCUUAUGGCGACUCAGAAGACACCCCUAGUCACUCCCCCUACGGCUUCAAAGACGGCUCUCUGGGCAGCGUGCACUGUAAUGUGCCUUUGCAUACACCGAAGUCCAGGAGUCCAGAAGAAGAGAACUUGGAAGACCCUCUCUUGUUGAAAAUUCCAGACAGUGUCAUGAAAGCUGCCAGCUGGGCCCCUGCAUCCCUGGAGGCCAAUGAUGUGGACAUGCCGCCCGUGGAGGCCAGCAGCCCCGAGAUGCGAGGGUGGGCAGCCAGGCCUUUUGGGUCUCCAGAGGACUCGAGAAUGACAGGGGAAGACCAGGGCCCCAGGGCAGCCAGCCCCCUGCUCCCCGCCAUGGGCCCCCUCAAAGCCAGAGCAUCACAGCCACCACCCAGACUCGGGAGUGAGAGGGACAAGGGGCCCAGGCUCUCACUGUCCAAGAGGAAACUGGAACUGUUACUUGUAGAGCCUGAAAAAAGCAAGAGGAAGAGGCAGUACGUGGCCUAGAGUGAGGUGAGCAGUUAGCUCAGG